UUUACUUAUUGAAUUGUUUUCUCUUUGCUUUAAUUUUCAAGUCAUGGACCUGAACCAUGAUAAUGAUGUUGUUGUCAUGAAAACUAAGAAAAAGAAAAUAAGAUCAUUAUGGACGGAUGAUACUCAUAUGAUAUUUCUUGAGUUAUGCUUGAAUGAGGUUAGAGUUGGGAACAAGCCAACUGGUUACUUUAAUAAAUUUGGAUAUGAAAAAUUGAAAAAGUACAUGAAAGAGCGUACUAGGAAAACUUUCGACCACAAGCAAAUUAAAAAUCAUUGGAAACUAUGAAGAAAGAAUGGAAGUUGUAUGAUCGUUUAAUGAGACUUGAAUCUGGAAUUGGGUGGGAUCCCGUGAGAAAGACGAUUGAUGCAACGGAUGAAUGGUGGGAUGAAAAAAUAAAGGGAGAUAAGGACCUUUCCAAGCUAAGAGGGCACAAUUUAGAGAUGUAUAAGAUGUAUUACGAGCCUUUAUUUCGAGAUUGUGUUGCAGUUGGAGAUAACACUAAGACUCCUUCUAAUUUUAUAAACAUGAUCGAUAAAGAUGAAGAGUUGAUUGAAGGGAAAGGUGAUAGUGACAAGAUAAAUGUGUCCAGCGAUGACCAAGAACCUAUUUUCUCCGAAAAUAGUUCAACCAAAAGGAAGAAGUCUAAGAAUGUUUCCUCUUCUCGUUCAACUAAGAGAAAGACUUCAAUAACUUCUGCAUUUGAGGACAAACUUGAUAAUGUUAUGCAGGCACUAUCAUCGAGAAGCUCACAAUCGUUUCCACCGCAAAACCCGUCACCUUCCACAAAAGAGUGCAUGGAUAUUGUGUUAACCUUUCCUGGUUUUGAAGAAGGUUCAAGGAAUUAUUAUCACGCACUAGACAUUUUCUUGAAAAAGCAAGCUCGUGAAAAUGUCAUGGUUCCAACAAGUGAUAUGGCAAAUAUGGAGUUUUUAAAAUAUCUAAUGGAAAAAUGA